AUAUCUUCUCAUGAGCAGAUAUACAGAUUUAAGCUGUUUAUUUUUGCUAAACUUCUUUAAAUUAGUUUAAAUUUUCAUGCACAUGUUGUACUUACUCAUUCUGAGAUCGUUUCUUGAGUUAUCAACUAGUAAACUAUUGAUUCAACAAUUUCGGAAACAAAAAUGAAUUUUGAAAGCUCAUUACUAUCAAAAUUGGACUUGAAUUCCGAGACAGAAAUUGUCCGACAUCCUUACUCAACCAAACAUUGGCUUCGAUAUAUUAAUGCUAAGAAAGAUGAAAAGGCUCCUGUUGAAGUUGUCAACUUAUUAUACGAGCGAGCUUUGAAAGAAAUACCUGGAAGUUAUAAGUUAUGGUAUGGAUACCUGCUUUGGAGGAAAAGAAAUUUGGGUGGCAAAAUAAUCAAUGGACCUGAAUACAAACAAUUAAACAAUUGUUUUGAGAGAAGUUUGGUUUUCAUGCAUAAGAUGCCUCGUAUCUGGAUUCUAUACAUCGAUUCUUUGAUGCACCAACAUCUUAUUACCCAAUCAAGACGUACAUUUGACCGUGCUCUACAAGCCUUGCCCAUUACUCAACACAAUCGGAUUUGGCCUCUUUAUUUGAAGUUUGUGAAAUCCCAUCGGAUUCCUGAGACAGCGAUUAGACUUUACAAGAGAUAUCUAAAACUGGCUCCAGAAGAUGGUGAAGAGUUCAUCGAUUAUUUGAGAGGAAUCGGAAGACUCGAUGAUGCAGCCCUUAAAUUAUAUGAUAUUGUCAAUGAUGACAACUUUAUUUCCAAGGAAGGAAAAUCAAAGCAUCAACUUUGGAACGACUUAUGUGAAUUAAUCUCCAAAAAUCCUGAUAAAGUUCAAUCAUUGAAUGUCGAAAACAUUAUAAGAGAAGGAAUCAAACAAUAUAGAGAUGAGCAAGGUAAACUUUGGAAUGCAUAUGCCCAAUACUUUACACGAAGCGGAUUAUUUGAAAGAGCUAGAGAUAUUUACGAAGAAGCGAUCUCAUCUGUAAUGACCAUCAAAGAUUUUUCACUUGUUUUUGAUGCAUAUUGUCAAAGUGAGGAAAAUCUCCUUAAAGCUCAGAUGGAGGCUCAAGAUUCAACCGACGAUGAGGAGAUUGUAUUGGAGCUUCAACUCGCAAAAUACGAGUAUUUGAUUGAGAGGAGGCCGUUGUUACUGAACAGUGUUGCACUUAAGCAAAAUCCUCAUAAUGUUGACGAAUGGCAUAAAAGAGUAAAACUAUUGGAAGAAAAUCCUUUGAAAGUCGUUCGAACUUACAUGAAUGCUGUUCAAACCGUUGAUCCCAAGCAAGCAAUUGGAAAAGUACAUUCUUUAUGGAUCGAGUUUGCCAAAUUUUAUGAAAAAAAUGGACAACUAGAAGAUGCACGAGAAGUAUUCGAGCAAGCUGUCAAAGCAUCGUAUGCCAGAGUCAAUGAUUUAGCAACUGUUUGGUGUGAAUAUGCCGAAAUGGAAUUAAGAAGUGAUAAUUUUGAGCAAGCACUGAAGCUCAUGCAAAGAGCCACUACAGCUUCCAAAAAGGCUAACUUUUUCGAUGAAAAUGAACCUGUUCAAAAUCGUGUUCACCGUUCUCUCAAACUUUGGUUGAUGUAUGCUGAUCUAGAGGAGAGUUUUGGAACUUUCAAAACAACGAAAGCUACGUAUGAUGCGAUGAUAGAUUUGAGAAUUAUCACUCCACAAAUUAUAAUGAAUUAUGGAGUGUUUCUUGAAGAAAACAAUUAUUAUGAAGAAGCUUUCAAAGCUUAUGAAAAAGGAAUUGAUUUAUUCAAAUGGCCGAUCGUUUACGAUCUCUGGAACACAUAUUUAACCAAAUUUUUGCAUCGUUACAAAGGCGAAAAGAUAGAAAGAACACGUGAUUUGUUUGAGCAGUGCUUGCGAGGAUGUCCACCAAGCCUAUGCAAGAAUUUCUACCUCCUUUUUGCCCGAUUUGAAUUGGAUUAUGGACUGGCUAAGAAUUCGAUGACAAUUCUUGAAAGAGCUACUCAAGCUGUUGAUGCAGACAGUCGUUUUGAUUUAUAUAAUAUUUAUAUAAAGAAAGCAGCUGAAAUGUUCGACCUAACAUAUACAAGACAAAUAUAUGAGAGAGCUAUCGAAAAUCUCAGGGAUAACGAAGCACGAGAGAUGUGUCUUAGAUUCGCUGAUCUCGAACAAAAAUUAGGAGAAAUUGAUCGAGCACGAGCUAUUUACGCUCACUGUAGUCAAAUAUCCGAUCCUAGAACACAACCAGAAUUUUGGGAUAUUUGGAAGUUAUUCGAAACUAAACAUGGUAACGAGGAUACAUUAAGAGAAAUGUUACGAAUCAAGAGAAGUUUCCAAGCAUCUGCAAACACAUCAGUCAAUUUCGUGGCUGCACAAAUGAGUAAUGUGCCUGCGACAAUAUCUUACCCUGUCAUCGACAAUAGUCAAUUUCAAAAUUCAAAUUUCAACAAAGAUGAAAUUGAUAUCGAAACAGAUAUAACUGAUGUAGAUAUGAAGUAAAUAUAGCACUUAAUCGACAGAAUCCAAGCAUUUUCUGUGAUAUUUUGAAAAAAUAAAGAAAAUUUUAUUUAA